AUGAAAUUUCCGACUGAGAAUCCAAGAAAACCAGGGAGCGUGAACCCUCCACCAGUGGCAGUCCAGACCAACCUGGUCCCCCCCAAGAAAGUGCAGUCAGGCAUGCUUCAGUCCAGCCUGGUGCAGGCCAGUGUGGCCACCAUGCAGAACCCCAUGGGCUGCUCUGUGCCGCGCCUCUCUGUGGCCACCCGCCCCGCCAGUAUGGUGGUCAGCAUGGAGGCAGUGGUCGACGGCUCAGCCCCCUUCACCAUGAUGAAACUGAAGACUGUGCUGGCAGUGUUUGUGGUGGUUGUGGCUUAUCUGGUGGCGGGGGGCCUGGUGUUCCAGGCGUUGGAGCAGCCCUUUGAAAACAACCAGAAGAUCACCAUCACGGCCGAGAAGGCAGCCUUCCUGCAGAAACACCCAUGCGUGUCCCCGUAUGAGCUAGAGGCUCUCAUCAAGCACUCUGUGGAGGCUGUGAAUGCUGGUGUGAAUCCCGUUGGUGAUACCUCCUAUAACUCCAGCCACUGGGAUCUGGGAAGUGCCUUCUUCUUUGCUGGAACAGUCAUCACAACCAUAGGAUACGGUAACAUCGCCCCGAGCACUGAAGGAGGGAAGAUUUUCUGCAUCCUGUAUGCAAUAUUUGGCAUCCCGCUGUUUGGAUUCCUCCUAGCAGGUGUUGGGGACCAGCUUGGUACCAUUUUUGUCAAAAGCAUUGCCAAGGUGGAGAAGAUGUUUCGGAAUAAACACAACCAGAUCAGUCAAACUAAAAUCCGUGUGGCCUCCACCCUCCUCUUCAUCCUGGCUGGCUGCAUCCUGUUUGUCACCAUUCCAGCUGUGAUCUUCAAACACAUUGAAGGCUGGACGGCUUUGGAGUCAACGUAUUUUGUCGUCAUUACUCUGACAACUGUUGGAAUAGGCGACUAUGUGGCAGGGGGAGAUCGGAGGAUUGACUACCGUCAGUGGUACAGACCACUUGUGUGGUUCUGGAUCCUGGGGGGUCUGGCAUACUUUGCUGCAGUGCUGAACAUGAUUGGCGACUGGUUGAGGGUUCUGUCGAAAAAGACCAAAGAAGAGGUUGGAGAGAUCAAGGCUCAUGCUGCAGAGUGGAAAGCUAACGUACGAGCAGAAUUCCGGGAGACGCGUCGGCGUAUGAGUGUGGAGGUCCAUGACAAGCUGCAGCGAGCUGCCACCAUCCGCAGCAUGGAAAGACGCCAGCUGGGCCUGGACCAGCGUGCCGUGUCUCUAGAUAUGCUUUCCCCAGAACGCCGUGCCAUGUUCAACAGCCUGGACACCAACAGCUACAAAAACUCCUCCCAGGAGAGCAUCGACACAAAGCUGAACAACCUUCGAGUGCGGGGGGCCGAACAGUGCGAGCGUCACUCAAACCACCAAACCACGUCCGAGGACAACAUUUUCAACCGCCUAGGCUCCGUCACCAAGCUGGCUAAGCGCAACAGGAAUCGGGACCUGAAGAAGAAUAUCCCGGACGAGUCUCGGCGGCCUCACAGUGAGGCCUACGGCUGCAGCACACCCACUUUUGACUGUAGCAUACCCAUUAUGGAUGAAGGGAAGAGUAAGGAUGAUGGAGAAGAUGAGAAUGAGGACAAGGAGUGCAACACUAGCUUGUCUGAUUUUCCAUUGUUCGUAGAAGCUUGCAAGCAACAAAAUGGGUUCAUUCCAGAGAAAACCAAAGAGAAUGAGAGCGAGAAAACACAUGAAACAAAAGAGCAGCAAACCGAGAUGGGCCCAUAG